CUAACGGGCAACUUAUGGAUUUUGGAUACAGGAUGCGGAUAUGGAUUGACUGCAAGCGAGUCGGUCUUCGCGACCAAGCAGCCUAACUCAGACUACGUUUUUACAUUUGACCAGGGCUCUAAACUGAGAAAUACAUUUGUUGGUACUGUUAAGUUGUCUUUGAUGAGUCCAACAGGAGCUAAGUCAGUACCGUUUAGUGAUAUAGCACUAGUACCACACGCGAAGUCAAAUAUCUUAAGUGUGUUUUGGCUAAAAAGGGCAGGUUAUCCGAUUGUGGUAAGUAACAGCGGAUUAUACAAGUUCAUACUUUGGAAGCACAAGUUAAUAUUAAUGGGCAAUGGGAGUCUAUGGAACUGUGGGAAUCAUUAG